CCUUUUCUUUUUAAAGAUAGGACAUUUAAAUUUAUUAAAUAAAUUAUUCGAAAACGAAUCAAGGUAGCGAUAGUGCGUGUUCGCUCCUCUAUGGUGCGAACGCCCACGAAAAGACAGUUGUACAUACCAUACAUAAAAAAUACAGAUGAAAACAAAUCAUGAAAAGUGUUCAAACAUUUACAAAUUGAUUAUUUGUGGAUGCAGUUAGUAUACGAAAAGUUCUUCCUUCUGUACAUCGAAUUAGUGUCGGUUUUUAUUUGCGAUGAAUUGGCACCGAGAUGCCACCGAAUUUUAAUUUGAUAGGAUUAUAAAUUUGUGAGGGCAUGAUACGGUUUUGAUUCCAAGUAAUGAGGGAGUCUCAAGAAGAUGACAUUUGUAAACAUUUUCAAAGAUUUUUACUCUGAAUCCGAUUCGUAUGACAAUCAUUAUGAUAAUGACAGAAACUACACGAAUGCGCUGAUUGAACAAAGUGAUAGGUGUAACCCUCUUGAUAAUACAGCACAGAAAAAAACUGCACAUAGCGACUGGAAUGAGGCUGUCAGUGCCUGGAAGAAUACAGUACCGUUCCCGCGGUAUGUUCCAACCUCAGCUGUCUCCAACGUCAUUAGACGUCAGAAUCGUGAGGUUAAUAAAGUUGAGGAAUCUGAUAGUAACGUAUCCGUCAAAUGUGUCGGUGAAGAUUUUGACACGUUCCCAGUUCCAGGCUGGAAAGCCAACGUAGAACAGGGGACGUACCGUUAUGUCACAAAUAAUGCCUAUUACAGGACGGUUAAGAUACUUGAUAAUCGGGACAGACGAGAGUGGUACACAGUUCAUAAAAAACACCCGGAGAUUGUUUCUAUGCACUGGCAAAAUAAAAGACACAAUAAAGAGAUGAAGCGAAACUUGAGAAGGGACUUGGAAGUAAAGUUUCACAACCACAACCGUCGACAGCAAUCGGUUGUGUUAGAAAAAGUGCAAGAUACUACAAGUAAAACACCAACCGACAACAAAGUAGAAAAUGUUGUUGAGAAUAUCCGUGUUCCUAGUGUGCAGCAUGAGGCACCGAAAUCUAAUCGAGAGUACGUUAGUGACUGCAAACACGAAACGAACAAUAAUUCAGAUACGUUAAACAAAGCCUCUAGUGACUUGAACAUCGAUAAAAUCUCUUCCAGAAUAACUGUUCUAAAUGAAGAAUUGAGACGCGAUUCUAAGCUAAGAAAAUCACAUGAAGCCACGGACAUAUCAAAAUUUUUGCUUCAGACGAAAGGUAGAGACAUGUCUUCAAGAAAUUCACCGAGUAAAAAGAAAGAUGGACAAAACGCGGCAGAAACAAUGACAGUAAGAUCUGUGGCUCGAAGAGGGGAGAUGAAGUCGGAUAGAGGAGAGUUAAAACAGCUUGAAAGAGCGGAGCUAAAACCGAUGGAAAGGGGCGAGUUAAAGCCUGUGGAAAGAGUGACGCCCUCUCAGAGAUUAAUCGCCGCAGAGUCUAAGAAAUCAAAAAACAACCAAAUACGAUACACAAAUUCAACUGGAAGUGAUGCGGCAUCAAUCAGUGUUCCGUCUAUUCCUGACAAUUUUCACAUUGCUAGUCCAGAUCUCGAAAAAGCUCUUAACUCUUACAAAAUGGCAAUAGAAACAACCAAACAAUCAUUGUUUAAUACUCUUACUGGCAAUAAAAGCCAGAGACGGACAACGGGAGGAAGCAAUAAGGUCACUCACUCUGCUCCCCCCUCUGUGUGUGAGAAUAAUCCAGUCUCCCUCUCGGAACAUUCCCCGUCAGAGGGGGUCCAAAGCUACUCUAGUCUGGGUGGAAAGGAGAAAUCUUCGAACAAAAAACAUUCAUUUUCUGGACUUUUGCCUGAAAUUGCUGGUAAACGUUUAGAAGUGGGAACUACUACCAAUAGGUGGCUAUAAGAACACUUGAAAAUUGAUGUUCGUUUAUAUAUUUCAUCCUUGUGAUCUAGGGAAAAAAUAAUGUAAACACCAGGACAAAUUCUGGGAAGAAAAAACAAUUAAAGUGAAUCGAAA